GAGCGAUUGCAGUGGUGAAACGAUAUUUGACUAAAGAUAUUUCUAAACAACUUCAGACCAUUCUCUAACGUUUAUUGUAUAUAUGGAGUAUGUAUGGCAUGAUUUGACCGUAGGUGUACAGCCUUUUUCGUGAUCAGAGUACAAAAGGAUCUGCAUACAGAUAUCAUCCGUAUGAUAGAAAGGACGAUUGAAAACGUAAUAAAAUUUAAUAAAUUAAGAAAUUCGGAACGAAAAAAAAUACUUAUUGUAUAAAAGAAAGUUGUUCCUCGAAAUCAGUGGAAGAUGCAGGAAUCUCAACCGAAAAAAGGGAAAAAGGCAAGAAGAAAGCGUAACGAUAGCGACGAAGACAUAGAGAAAGUUUUGGCAGAAUUAGAAUUGGAAUAUUCUGGACAGAAAGUACCUGUCAAAGAUGUUAAAGAUAUAAAGGAUGUUAAAGAAAUUAAAGAUAAUAAAGAAGUCAAAGAUGAAUCGGAACAAAAAGUCGACGAGGAUAAAAAGAAGAAAGCAAAGAAGGAUAAGAAAAAGGAUAAAGGUGAAAAUAAGGAUGUAAAGGAAGAUUCGAAAAAUGACGUUAAUAAUGAAGCGGCCGUCGACGACGCAAGUGUUACCGCCGAUGACGAUAUGGAAGGUGGUACCGUAAAAACUGCAGCUCAAAAAAAGAAAGAAAAGAAGGAACGAGAGAAGCAAAAGAAAUUGGCUCUAAAAAAAGCAGAGGCUACCAAAAAAGCUGAGAGCGGUGAAGUAACGAAAAAACCUGAAAGUAACGAAAAGCUAAAUGAGAAAAAUGUGGAAGAGAAAGUACCUAAUACUGCGGAAGCCGAGGGAGAUGCGGGUGAAGCCGAGGAAGGAAAGAAGAAGAAGAAGAAAGGUGCUAAAGAGGAAGCUAAAGAAAAAGCUAAAGGACCGGGUAAGAAGACCAUCGCUGCUAUGCAAGAGGCUUUAAGAAAAUUAAAGGAGGAGGAAGAACGAUUAAAACGAGAGGAGGAAGAAAGGAUAAGGCAAGAAGAAUUACGGGAGAAAGCUAGAUUAGAACAACUUCAAUUGGAACAAGAACGGAAGGAAAGAAAAAAAUUGAAGGAAAAGCAAAGGAAGGAAAGAUUGAAAGCCGAAGGAAAACUUUUAACUACGAAGCAGAAACAAGAUAGAGCUAGAGCUCAAGCUAUGAUCGAUGCUCUUAAGGCUCAGGGUUUAGAUUUGCCUGAUGUGGGAGAUAAGAAACCUAGAGCAGGAACGAGAGUAAGACAGAAUAAGAUAAAACAACAAGUGAGCGUGGAAGAAAAAGAUGAUAAGAAAUCGGAAGAUACCGAAACGGAUACGGAUCGAGUUCAAGUUGAAAUAGUUGAUCAAACGCCAAAGGAUGUAAGCGAGAAAAAGGAAGAGGAGGUAAAGGACUCGUGGGAUGCUGAAAGUAGCGGCGACGAACAGGAAGAGGAAGAUAAGUCGGAUGAAGCGUCGAAAACGCCCGAGGAAACCAAGGAAACGAUUUUAUCCGAUCAUCAAGACAAGUCGCGAUUGGAAGCGGACUUGGAGAAGAAAGAAACGUCAGAAAGCGAGUCCGAAAGUGAAAGCGAGAGUGAAUCAGAAUCCGAAGAUGAGAGCGAGGAAGAUAGUGGAUUGGAAGAUAAGGUACCGGAUGCCGCACGUAAGAAGGAACGUGCGCAAGAACGUAUACAAAAUCGUCGAAUCGAAGCAGAGAAAAAAAAAUCGUUAGAUAAUUUAAGAGCAGCUGUUGUUUGUGUUUUGGGUCAUGUAGAUACAGGAAAAACAAAGAUUCUCGAUAAAUUAAGAAGAACCAACGUGCAAGAUGGCGAAGCAGGUGGUAUUACUCAACAAAUCGGUGCUACCAAUGUACCCAUUGAUGCUAUACAAGAGUCAACGAAACAUGUAAAGGGUUUCGCUGAUAAGAUAUUUAAGAUACCGGGACUUUUAAUAAUAGAUACGCCUGGUCACGAAUCCUUCAGUAAUCUUAGGAGUCGAGGAUCUUCUCUUUGCGAUAUAGCAAUUCUAGUGGUGGACAUUAUGCAUGGCUUGGAACCACAAACGAUCGAAAGUAUAAAUCUAUUGAAAGCUAAGAAGUGUCCGUUCGUUGUUGCUCUUAAUAAGAUCGACAGGUUGUACGAUUGGCAAACGAUGAAUCGAAAGGAUGUUCAGGAUAUUAUAAAAAGUCAAGCUAUUAAUACGCAACGGGAAUUUGAGAAACGUUCGAAGGACGUUAUAGUGCAAUUUGCCGAGCAGGGCCUAAACGCAGCGUUGUUUUAUGAAAAUCCGGAUCCACGUAGUUACGUGUCUUUAGUUCCUACGAGUGCCAUAACAGGUGAGGGCAUGGGAAAUUUGCUAGCAUUAAUAGUCGAUGCUUCCCAGGGCCCGUUAGCUAAGAGACUAAUGUACAGCGAAGAGCUUCAAGCUACUGUACUAGAGGUUAAAGCAUUACCUGGCUUAGGAACUACGAUAGAUUGUAUUCUAGUCAAUGGUAUGUUGAAGGAAGGUGAUACGAUGAUAGUCGCGGGAACUGAUGGACCUAUAGUUACGCAAAUUCGUUCCCUUCUUAUGCCGCAACCGUUAAAAGAAUUAAGAGUAAAGAAUGCAUAUAUCGAGCAUCGCGAAGUCAUGGCCGCGCAAGGUGUUAAGAUCGCUGCGAAGGAUUUAGAAAAAGCUAUUGCAGGAUUGAAUCUUCAAGUCGCUCAAAAACCAGACGAAGUCGAUGUCCUUAAAGAAGAAAUAUCGAAAGAACUCAGCAGUGCUCUUGGAAAUAUACGACUUGCCGAAAGAGGUGUAUACGUCCAAGCGUCAACAUUGGGUGCAUUAGAAGCUUUGUUAGAUUUCCUUAGAAGCAGCAAAAUUCCGUAUUCUGGUAUACGAAUUGGACCGGUCGUGAAGAAGGACGUGAUGAAGGCCUCGAUUAUGCUUGAACACGACAGUCAAUAUGCCACAAUUCUGGCGUUUGAUGUAAAGAUAGAGAGGGACGCACAAGAACUUGCCGACUCGUUGGGAGUUAAGAUUUUCCAAGCCGACAUCAUCUACCACCUGUUCGACAAGUUUACAUCCUACAGGGAGGAACUUAAACAACGCAAGCGAGACGAGAAUAAACACAUUGCCGUUUUUCCUUGCAAACUACGUGUCUUACCGCAGUAUAUCUUCAAUUCAAGAGAUCCUAUAGUGAUGGGCGUUAUGGUUGAAGCCGGUAUCAUUAAGGAAGGAACGCCGCUCUGCGUGCCAAGUAAAGAUUUCGUCGAGUUGGGUAUUGUAUCAAGUAUAGAAUACAAUCACAAGUCGGUGGAAUCGGCUCGUAAAGGACAAGAGGUUUGUAUCAAGAUCGAACCGAUACCAGGUGAGGCACCGAAAAUGUUUGGCCGCCAUUUCGACGAGAAGGAUUUCGUCGUUAGCAAGAUAAGCCGACAAAGUAUAGACGCCUGCAAGGAUUAUUUCAGGGACGACUUGUUGAAAACCGAUUGGCAAUUAAUGGUAGAACUGAAGAAACUCUUCCAAAUACUCUAGGACUCGCAAGAAGUUCGCGAUGAUCCUCGCGCGCGAACAUGCCAAAAUACCGUGGGCCGGAUUCUUAGGGACAACGAGGCAAUAUCGAACACAGUGGUAUUAUGUUAUACGACGAUUAAAGCGGGAUAGUAUAGCACGCUAGACGAUAACAUCUUCGUCCUCCGGAAGAUAAAAGGAAAAAAAGAAGAAGAAAGAAGAAAAAGCAGAAGAAGAAGAAGAAGAAGAUGAUGAAGAAUAAAGAUAAUGAUAAUAACGAUAACAAUGAUAAUAAUGAUAAUAAUUAUAAUAAUCCUCAUCGACGACGACGUCCCGACGACGAUUUCGAGUACAUUCGUUUGUUCGUUUGUUCGUUCGUUCGUUCGUUCGUUCUUUCGUUCGUUUUUUAGGGGGAAAAAAAAGAACAAGAAAGAUGUCUCGCUUUGAAAUGCCGAAACUUCCUCUAGAUAUAAAAAUUCGAGAGACGGAGUGAUUAACGAAAAGGAAAAGGAGAGAAAGAAAAAAAAGAGAGAGAGAAAAGAAAGGAAAGUGAACGAACGAAAAAGAGAAAAGACAGAGAGAAAGAGAGAAGAUAGAAAAAGAUUAAAAAAAAAAAAAAGAAGAUUUUUAUUUCCGUCAUAAUCCGUCGUAUGUAAGUAAGUAAUUACUUCGGCCCCGAUCGUCACCGUUCGAAGGUCAACGAACCUUCCCUUUCAAUUCGUUCGCGUAAAAGUCCUGCAUCUCUCUAAAAAAGGGAAGAAGCGAAAAAAAAGGAAAUAAAGAAAGAAAACUUCGAGGAUCUGAAAUAUAAUACGAGUAAUAAUAAAUAUGAAGGUGCGAAAAAACUUAUGUGAAGCAUGAAAGGGCAACUGCACUUAACGUUGAGGAGAAGUCGCUUACGAGUUUUCCGCUACGAUGCGCUUUCAUCGUCGUGUCUUGCCCCUCGCAAAGUUCUGACUGUUGGCACGAUUCCGUUACGAUCUGAACAAACUCGUCGAGUUUCUUGCGAUCGACGAUAUAUCUAUAUAUAUAUAUAGAUAUAUCACACACAUAUACGUACGUACAUAUAUAUAUGUAUAUAUCUAGCAUAUAUCUAUAUCUAGAUAUAUAUAUGUAUAUGUAUGUGUGUAUCUAUAGAUAUAGUUAUAUAUAUAUAUAUAUAUAUAUAUAUGUAACUAUAUCUAGCAAUUCUAUUCGCCGAGAAGAAAAGACACUAGUGGAAGAGAAGAAGUAUCUUCUAUCGUCUCGAAGUCUUCUAUCUCUCUCUCUCUCUCUAUAUAUAUAUAUAUAUCUUUCUCAUUGUCUAUCUCUCUCACUAUCUCUAUCUCUAUCUUUAUCUCUGUCUCUGCCUCUGUUCCGGUCUUUGUCUCUGUCUCUUACUCUCUCUCUCUCUCUCUCUCUCUCUCUCUCUCUCUCUCUCUCUCUCUCUCUCUCUCUGUCUGUCUGUCUCUGUCUCUUUAUUUACUUCCUCGACUUCUUCAACGUUAAGGUGCCAACCGAUGCUCGAACGUAUUAUUUCUCUUGAUCUCGCAUAAAUUCCUUACAGUCUUAUUCCUUACGUUGUCAAAACAAAGUUUUUUAGUAAUUCUUUGAGAGACGGAUAGACGCGAUUUAGAUAAAAUGAAUAAAAAUGGUCGAAAAAAAAAAUAGAAAAAGGAAAAAAAACAGACAGAGAGAGAGAAAGAGAGAGAGAGAGAAUGAAAAUGUGUCUACGGUCGUCGACCAUAGUCUCGAACGAAACAUAUGGUACACACGAUACACCCCUCUCUCUCUCUCUCUCUCUCUCUCUCUCUCUCUCUCUAUUACUCUUUGAGAAACUGUCUGCGAACCGAAAGGAAAAAAAGUAGAAGGAGGAAAAGAAAAAAAAGAGGAAGAAGAGGAAAAGGAGGAGGAGAAGGAGGAAUGUUACGUUCGUAAGACUCGUUACGUCUACGGUAAAAUAAAAAAAUAUUAUAAAUAUAAAACGACAAAGUGGCAAAAAAGAAAACGAAGAGCCACGUUCACGUGCCUGUUCUUCGUAGAGAUUCGAAACGUUUGAGGAGUGAAAAAGUGAGAGAGAGAGAGAGAGAGAGAGAGAGUCGUGGUCGUCGUCGUCGUCGUCGUCGUCGUCGUCGUCGUCGUCAUGGUCGUCGUCGUCGCGCAUUGCGCGUUGCGUCGUACUCGCCUAUAAACUUGCCUUGGUACUCACGAUCAUUCUUGGAAGAGAGGAGCGUGUGUCUGGUAUAAAUUCUCUUCGACGUAUUUCCGGUUUUGUCGCCUAAGAACGCACGUAUGAGUCGAGGGUUAGUGCGAGCGAACGAGCGAGAGAAAGAGAGAGAGAGAGAGAGAGAGAGAGAGAGAGAGAAAGAGAGAGAGAGAAAUAGAUAGAUAGAUAGAUAGAUACAUAGAUAGAUAGAUAGACAGAUAGAUAGAUAGAGAAAGAGAGAGAAAGAGAGAAAAGGGGGAUAGAAAAAUAGAUAGCUAGAGAGAAGGGGUGUGCGUAUGCCUGUGCGUGUGCGUGUGUCGCAUGAGAGAAAGAGAGAGAGAGAGAGAGAGAGACGUCGAACAAUAAAGGAAAAGUAGAGAGAGAGAAAGAGAAAAAUUGAAGAAUUGUCUCUGUAUAAAGAAAGAAUCGAUACAUUACGAGAAAUAGAAGAAGGAAAAAUGAUACUAGAGUUGAGUCGAUCGAAGAUGAGAUAAUCAUUUUUUUAUGUAUUGUAAUAACAAAAAGAGAGAAUGAAUAAUGUGAAAAAGAAGGAUCGUGAAGAAGUGGGUGGAGAAUAGAGGAAGUAGUUGUAUGGGAAUGAGGAGAGAUCGGAUUCGGUGAGGAGAGUAAGUUUUAAUUCGAUGAAACAGAAGAGAGAUCAAUGUGUGUUUUGUAUAUGUACUCCCUUUGUAUAAAUCAACCAAGUUAAUUAAUGCGAGGAUAAUAAUAAAGAGUACGUGUUUCGCAAUAAAAA